AUGAACAAUAUUGAAAGGGUGGUUUUAUUUCCCUUCCUCUCACGGGUUGUUGUUUAUUUUUAGGUAUUUGCCUGGCUUCUUUUUCUGUGCGGAUGGUAUGUGGGAGCAUCCCAAUCCCUACCCCAAACGGUAGUGCAGCGCGAUGAAUUAACCGAAGAGCAGAUGGCAACCGUCUUGGAGCAGUACGAUCUGGACGUUCGAUAUCAUUGUAAUAACAAUGCAAUUGCGGAUUGGAAUGUGGCCACCGAUACGGAGAAUGAGCAUCAUCAGGAAGUACAGAAUAACGCGUCCCUGGCGUUCGCAAAGUUUCGAAAUGAAUACUACGAACAGUAUUUUAAAAAUGCCAAUGUGGAAAGCUAUCAGAACGAAAAGAUUCGAAAGCAGUUGAAGCUGUUGAAAGACCUUGAGACGGCCGCUCUUCCGUCGGAAAAACUGGCCUCGUUAAAUCGUGUGCUGCGAAAAAUGGAUACGGCCUAUCAGCUCGCCGAGGUAUGCCCGUACACGAACCAAAAGUGUGGUCCCACCGAUCCGAAAUGGACACUCGACCCCGAGCUGGAGAAGGUGUUGGCUGAGUCGAGCGAUUACGACGAGCUGGAGUACGUGUGGCGUCGAUGGCGCGAAGAGUCUGGCAAAAAGAUGCGAUCGGAUUACCAGGACUAUGUGCAACUGGUGAAUGAGGCAGCCCGAUUGAAUGGAUACGAAGAUUAUGGGGCCUUGUGGCGUUCCCGGUACGACGAUUCGAAGCUUCGGGAAACGCUCGAACGGCUCUGGAGCGAGGUGGAGCCACUUUACGAUGAAUUGCACAGUUAUGUACGGUACCGAUUGUUCGAGUUGUAUGGCGAUCGAAUGGAUAAGGGAAACCCCAUGAUCCCGGCGCAUCUUCUGGGCAACAUGUGGGCUCAAUCGUGGACUAAUGUGUACGAACGUUUGAAACCGUUUCCAAAUGCAAGCUUGGUCGAUGUGACGGCGAAAAUGAAAGAACUGAGCUACAAUGCGACCAAGAUGUUCGAGAUGUCGGACGAAUUUUAUCGCAGUCUGGGAUUGCCUAGCAGUGCGAUGAGCUACGGUCCGAAGGCGGUAAUUGAAAAACCACCGCAGAAGAUCGUUUGCCAUGCGUCGGCGUGGGAUUUCUGUGAUGGGGAAGAUUUUCGCAUAAAAAUGUGCACGAACGUGAACAUGGAGGACUUUGUGACGGUUCACCACGAGAUGGGACACAUCAUGUACUAUAUACUGUACAAGGACCAACCGUAUCUGUUUCGUACCGGUGCCACGCCCGCCUUUCACGAAGCAGUCGGCGAUACCAUUGCCCUGUCGGUGGCCACACCGAAUCACCUGCGAAAGGUAGGUUUGUUGGAUGACUAUGCAGACAGUCAAGCGGACAAUGUAAAUGCGCUGUUUGAGAUGGCCCUGGAACGGGUGGCUUUCCUGCCGUUCGGUUUCUUGAUCGACAUGUGGCGCUGGGAUGUGUUCAGUGGUGCAGUGAACGAGACGGAAUGGAACGAACACUGGUGGAAAUUGCGCGAGAAGUACCAAAAGGUGUAUGCUCCGGUGCAGCGCUCGGAAGAUGAUUUCGACCCGGGAGCAAAGUAUCACAUACCGGCCAGCUCUCAAUACAUAGCCUACUUUUUGGCGCACAUUCUGGAGUUUCAGUUCUAUCGUGGACUGUGUAUCGAAGCGGGUCAGUAUGAUCCCGCGCAAAAAUCCUCCCAACCACUCCACAAAUGUGAUUUUUACAACAGCAAAGCGGCCGGAGAUAAGCUACGUGAAGGGCUAUCCCUUGGCUAUAGUGAAGACUGGCAGGAUGCACUUGAGAAGCUAACUGGAGAACGAGAGAUUAGUGGCAAAGCGCUGUUGGAGUACUUCGAACCCCUGUAUCAGUUUCUCAAGGAAGAAAAUCGAAAAUUCAAAGCGGCAGAAAUGGAGGACAUUGUUGAGCAAUACAGUGAACAAUACUCGAUGGCGUGCAAUAAACAAGUGAAGGCACAAUUUGCUACCCAGGUAGACGUAGGCAAUCCACAGCUGCAGCAACAACUGACAGAAGUUCUGGCCGAAAACACAAAAUUCGUGCUAGACAACUACAAUCGCUACUUUGCUGAUGUCAACCCACAGCAGUUUCCGAACGCUUCGUUAAGCCGUCAACUUCAAUUUUUGUCUCAAAUAUCGAUCAACAAACUAUCCACCCAAGAUAUUGCCAAGCUACAAAACGCCCUGGGUAGAAUGCAAAACACUUACAGCAGUGCAACGAUUUGUCCGUACAGUAAUCAAGCGUGUACGGCUGGGAAACUAUCGCUGGAUCCCGAGUUGUACGAAAUAAUGGCCAAGUCUGCGAAUUAUGACGAGUUGGAAUACGUCUGGCAGGAAUGGCGGCUUAACACGGGUCGCAAAAUGAAACGUGACUAUGGGGAUUACGUGGAGCUUAUGAAUCGGGCCGCUCACCUUGGAGGAUACGAGGAUAUGGGCGCAUUGUGGAGAUCCUCAUUCGAGCAGGAAGAUUUUGUCGAAGGUAUGAAGCGUCUUUGGGAAGAACUGAAGCCGUUUUACUCCGAGCUACAUAAGUACGUACACCGCAAACUGAAGGCGAUUUACGGCGACCGAAUGAAACAUGACGAUGGCAACAUCCCGGCGCAUCUACUCGGUAACAUGUGGGGCCAGUCGUGGGUGAACUUGUACGACCGCACAAAACCCUUCGCCAAUACGGUGGAUCUGGACAUAACAGAAGCCCUGAAAGCGAAGAACUAUACCACUCGGCGACUGUUUGAAAUUGCGAACGAGUUCUACGUGGGACUCGGGCUGCCCGAUAACAGCAUGAGCUAUGACACUGAGCGCGGAGCAAUGAUAGAGAAGCCGACGGAUGGGCGUGUGGUGACGUGCCAUGCAUCCGCGUGGGACUUUUGCGAUCGGCAGGAUUUCCGCAUCAAAAUGUGCACGCGCAUGAACAUGGAAGACUUUGUGACGAUUCAUCAUGAGAUGGGUCACAUUAACUAUUACAUCCUGUACAAGGAACAACCGGUGACGUUGCGCAGCGGUGCCAAUCCGGGCUUCCAUGAGGCUGUCGGUGACACGAUAUCCCUGUCCGUGGCUACACCGAAGCACUUUGAAAAGAUUGGCUUGCUGCAGGGUUACAACGAUACGUACGAGGAGAACAUCAACGCACUCUAUCAAAAGGCUCUAGAUCGAGUAGCUUUCCUUCCGUUUGGGCUGCUGAUCGACAUGUGGCGUUGGGAGAUUUUCGCUGGUGAUCUAGAGUAUUCACGGUGGAACGAACGUUGGUGGGAGCUUCGGGAAGAGUAUCAGAAAAUUUCUCCUCCAAUCGCGCGCGACAGCAAUGAUUUCGACCCGGGCGCAAAGUACCACAUUCCUUACGACAGUCAGUACGUGUCGUACUUCAUAGCACACAUCCUAGAUCUGCAACUUCACAAGGCGCUCUGUACGGCGGCGAACGAGUACACCCCGCAGGAUCCGUCCAAACCAUUGCACAAAUGCGACAUCGAUGGAUCACGUGCGGCUGGUGAUCUGUUGCGCGCGGGACUUUCGCUUGGCCGAUCGGUGCAUUGGUCGGAAGCAUUGAAAGCCAUGACGGGGGAAACGGAACUGCGGACGGAUGCACUGCUCGAAUACUACAAACCACUGUACGAGUAUUUGAAGGAAGAAAAUGCCAAAGGAGGAAACGGUCGUAUAGCAUCCGCAUCGGUCAGCCUGAUCUUGGCGGCAUGUGUGUUGUUUCUGUGGAAAUUGAAUUAG